CUCGCAAUUGUCCCACUAUGCGUGUGGAUUUUCUUCGGCAGCGCGAAAAGCUUCUCGAGGAGGCAUUAUCUUUGUGAACACUCGGAUGCAUCUCGGACGUUCUCUCUCGCGGGCGCUCGUGGCCGUUUCACCGUGCGCGCGCGUUGCGCUCGUUUGCAACACAUCCCACAAACAACAAUACCUAGAAGUUACCAUAGAGACCGCGUGGAAGGUGAAUGAAUGGAGUAGUAAGUAAAUGAAUGAAUAGGUAGACCUACCUACCUCUAAACUGAGAGCGAGAGACUGACUGCGGUGAGAUGUAUGUGAAGCAUAAUUUGUUUGGCUAAAAAUUUAUAGUUUACGGUACGCGGGUUCGUUGUUUUGAAACAACUAUCGAAUGUAAUUUUUCAAAUGAAACAUUCUGAUGCUGGUUGCGACAGUGUAAAGACGUUCGUCUCUUCAUUUCUGCUACAUCUUUACGCGAGGGCGUUUGAGAUUGUCUAUUUGCCGCUUGGCCGUACUCGUGAUUUGUUGUUCAGUUGGAGACCUUAACGCUUCAGUGGAGAAAAGGAUAUUUUCGGUGUAUUCGAAAAUAGUACGCUAUUUUCUUCUUUGCAAAGUGAUUGUUUGGAGAAAAAGGAAGCUUAAAUAAAAAAUUGGGAUCUGGAAAGUGAUUUCAAGUGAAAUUGAAAGUGAAAAUCUGAAAAGCAAAAAUUGUAUGAUAAUAUUCAAAUUCACAACGUGCAAGUGAUCGACUCCCCUAUCAGAAUAUUCGAAGAAAACGAAGUUCAGUGAAAGUGUAUAGAAAACAAACAGUGACUUCUGACCGGAAACGCAACGAUCAACAAAUAAUAAGAAAAAAAUCACGAGUUCUUCAACCAAACUGCAGGCGUUCAAACGGAAAACAAUAUCAUCCAACUACAAUCAACGAUUCCUGGAUUGAAGGAGCAUAUGCAAUAGCUGAACUGUUUUGUAACUGUUACUUGAUUGGGUGAGCAUUUGGAUGGUAUUACCAAACAAUAAUCAAAUUCCCAAUCAAACAUGCACAUUUGGCGUUCCGUCAUAUUGCAAACAUGUAUACUGAUAACCUGUCACAUCCCCUUGUACCAGUGCUCUGUGCGAAUCGCAACACCAGCACGUGUACUAGCAGCACGAACAGGUGCAACACAAUUCCAAGAAUAUGCAGAUGAUGGCAGAAAUGUCGGGAGAGGGGAACAGCAAAGCAGAAGAUUUCAGAAACGACUUAUCGCCGAUACCGGGGAUAUCGACAUCGAAAACUACCAGGGUGUGGUCGGUCGUUCUGGAAUAGAUUUUCCAGUCCUAACCGGAAUACCCAACACGAACUUCAACUGUCGUCAGUAUGGCAAUGGAUACUUUGCCGAUCUGGACACAAAAUGUCAGGUUUUCCAUAUUUGUGAUGAGGGGAAGAAGAUAUCAUUUCUGUGUCCAAACGGUACCAUUUUUCGUCAGCUGGAUUUGAUCUGCGACUGGUGGUUCAAGGUGGACUGUGCGGCCGCUCCGAACCACUAUGCCGAGAGUUCGGAAAUGCUCACCCAGGCACAGCGGGCGCGAAUUCAAAGCAAGCACCCGAUACCCCAGCCAAUCAAAUCACCUGAACAGUUCUCACUAAACGUUCAACGAAAACAUGCGAUCCUGAACGGACCAUUGGGACCCAACCUAGACGCGUUAGCCUUCAACAGACGCAUGGACACUAGUGUUGAAGAAUCCAAUGAGAGUAUAGAUUUUGAAGACAUCUCGUUAAAACGAAACAAUGUCCGAAGAAGCAAUAAGGUUUCCAGAGCUGAGAAAGCCAGUUCUGAAGAAACGCAAACUGCAGACGAAACGGCUUCAUUUGUUCGUGGUGGAAAGGCUCUGAAUGGUUACAGCUAUCCAACUCCGGAGAAACUAUUCGAAGGAAGUAAUUCGAAACAAGAAGGAUACAAUUAUGACAAACCCAUUAAAGUUUUGAAUAAAAACGAUAAUCCGGCAGCAACGUUAUCGCGAACUGCUAAGGUUUUGGAGAACAAUUUGGGUCAACAGUUUGGUCAGAAAAAUUCGUUUACAUUUGAUGCAAAACCAUUCAUUACGAGAGCUACCGAAGCACCAACAACAAUAACAUCCACGACCACGAAACAACAAACGCUCAGAGCGACUACAUCGUCUUCUAUAAGUAGGGGAAGCACCACACAUCAAACUAGUUCUCUUAAUCAAAAAUCAGAUCGUAAACCAUCAAUAACAGUCGACCUUAAAAGCUCCAAACCAUCCAUACCAAGUCCAACACCUGAGAAUUUAAACUUUCCAGCAUACACUACUGCCAGGAAGCCCAGUACAAAAGCAAAGGACAAACCAUUUUAUACCCCGACAAUUCCGACCGUAACGAACCGAGCGUCCUCAACAGAACAAACUACUCCAUUUGCCCCUACGUCAGCCACAAUUUCAGGAGCAGCUGAACAUGCCAUGGAAAUGAUGAAGACAUUACAAGAACUGGAUAUGUCUGAACCUGUGGUAGAAAACCGUCCGGGCGUGGAAGUUCCGCCUUCAUCGGGACCAAAUGCGCUACACUCUUUAGCUCUCUACUUCGCUGAUGAUUCCGGAGCCAAUACGACGACAACAACAACAACAAGCCCAAUUGAAAUACGGAUACAGACUGAAAAGUUGCAAACGGAAGAAAACCGACCAUCUGUGAGCGCCUCAUUAUUGAGUCAAAGGACACUCGAUAGAUACCAACAGCUCUUCAAUGCGAAAACUCCCAGCACAACUACUGAGAGCUUGGAAUUCGAGACGCGUUUUUCAGACGACCCCGGUAAUGAUUUAGAAGGUCAAUAUUCACGGCAUCCUAUUUUUGGAACAUCUGCUUCCCCACAGAUCCGUGAGCUGGCACAAGUGUUUACUCAUGCCUUGUCUGCCUACCUGCAAGACCCUGACACAUUCCGCCGUAUUUUAUCGGAAAUUAGACCCAAAGCCCCCCCACAGCUGAUUGUGUCUAACCAGAUUGACCAGACAAAACAUGGCAAAAAUGACGACAUAUCAGCCGAGGAGGCGUCUUAUUUCUCCCCGCGUAAUCAAAUAACUCCUGCUCCGCGAGCGGCUCUCACGGAAGACUUGGAAGUCCUGGAUUUCUCGGAUGUCACUCUGCCAACAACAGUCAAACGAGAAACUACUAUGGGGGUCUCAGAAACAACCACCGAAAUUCCAUCUACUACACAGGUCAUUCCUACUGCUGGUCUUCCGAAGGCAACCGAUGGUGCAAGAAAAACACCCGCAUCUAAUCUUGUAACCGACGAGCUUGAAAAAACUGCAACUGCCUAUAGGGAGAGACAGUCGAAAGCUCUCAAACCACAAAAAGACGACAGAAAGAAUGAUUUGGCCGAUGAAGUUAACGAAGAAUUAGGAACCUUGAAACCACCUGCCUAUAAAGCCGUUGAAAGUCUUGAAGAUUUUGAUGAAAAGGUUGACAAUUCCAGCUAUUUUCCGGCACGUGGCGGAUACGAUCGAAAGUCAACUCCUACACCCUAUGGUAAGGACGUUAAACCAGCAAAUAGCACUCCAAUAACGGAUACAUAUCCAACAGCUCUUUCAGAUACGCAAGCGGUGCCACUCAAGUGGGGAGACGAACUCUCAACGCAGACAACAAUCGCGGAUUCCGCACCGACGGUUCAUUAUGAGCUGCAACCACCACGCCAUGGUAAAUCAAAUCCUCUAGAUCAACCCAGCAAAGUGUUCCUACCACCUGAUCGCGAUGAUGCCCUAGAGGACGAUGAACAACUACAACGGGCGCAGAGUCAAUCAAUUGUAGCUAGUCGAAACUCUAUUGGAGGUAAUAAGAAACCUAAAACCAUCUACAGUUUUCUUAACUUAGACAAGGCCUUGCAAGAAAAUGGCAAAUUAACUGCGACUACCGCGGAUAUUCUAACUACAACUGUUGCACCAAGCACGAUCAAAGGCCAUUACAUUACGAAGCAGUUUAAGGGUGAAAACUUCGAAGCAACUACCAUUCCUAGCGAUAUCGCAACACCGUCUAUUCCAGACAUCGGGAAAAUUACUCCAAAUGAGAAGACUACGCUUUCCUACACAGUGUUUCUUGAUCCAUUGACCAUCAACGACGGUCUGAUGGAUUCAGAGGAAGAGGAAGCCGAAGGAGGUAAGACAACCAUACUGAAUGCUCACACAUAUCUACCUAGAAGCCAGAAGAAGUCAACUAAUGCAUAUGUCGUAUCUACGACUCCUACUACAUCGACAACCGCUGUGAAAACAGGAAUAGCGGCACGCCGAGGCAAAAGCAAAAAGGUAAGCGAAGAGGAGUCAAAUGAAAACGAACUAAUGGAAACGAUGCAGCGGAAGGCCAAUCAAAUGUUUGGCGAUCUCAAUGACAGCGAGGCGGAUCAUUUGAUGAAUGUGAUGAAGACUGCUGACACGAAUAAGUCAGUUCGCCGAUUGAUCUUGUUGCUCAUACAAACGUGUGACGAUGAUUAUAACAAAACGGUUGAAGACUCCAGGAAGGCACUACUCAAUGCAUUAAUCAGCAUGGACAGUCAGGAAGAUGACAGUAGUGAAAUUCGUAUCGUGAAAUCAAGAUCAAGCAAAAGGACCAAGAGUACCAAAACCCCAACAACAAUUUCAACAACCACCACUACUAUUGCGACACCAAUUACUACUUAUCGAAAUUCACAAUUUGAGAGGCUCACCGGCACUACCGCCGAACUAGAUCUGGAUAGUAGAGGCAGUUUUGAGACCACAACUUCAGGUUAUGAAGAAACGAAGUCAACUAUUGUAGAUCUAUCAACAGAAACUGCUACAAGAUUUUACGAAAAUCGACUUGGUGAUGAUUCUGAAACGACCACCCCAGCAAUCAGCUUGUUUCCGGAACAGUAUACCACGACGGGCAUUCCCACUACCACGCUUGACUAUGAUACCACAACAAACGCAAUAACCACGACUGAGGUUCCCACAACAAUGGUACCGUCUACCAUAUCCACUACUACACGAACGUCGGCUGAACCAACCACACCAAGGAGGAGCGCAGCCCUCAGGGAAUCCCCUACUAGCAGUAGUAGGACGCAAAAGAGUCUUGGUACUGCGACCGAUUACGUUGCUGAGACCAACCGCAACAGCUUCAACCAUCACUCGGACACCAGGGCCCUAGAGUUACUCAGAUCGCUGUAUUCGUUGGCGUCUCGAUGGGGCUAAAUGGCAAGGGAAACCGUAAUGAUGUGUCAUGAUGUAUUUACAAUGCAUGCGAGUUGGUAAGUGCGGAGCAUGUGUAUCCUAUUUAACACGAGAGACGUAUAGUUGUCCGAAAUGUUCAAAUUGUUGUUGAUAAAUGUAUCGCAGCGCAUACUCAUCGUUGACAAUGCCUGAGCCAUAUUUAUUAUAUUAGGUUUAGUAGAUUUAAUGUUAAACGUGUUGCGAGAAGCUUAAACGGGGUUCGUUACUGAGUGCAGAUUGUGCAGAGAUCGUAAUAUGUGUCCAUAACAGGUGCAUAAUAUUAGAUUUAGUGAAGUAGUAUUACAUAAACUUGAAUUUGGAAUAAUAUGAGACAUUCCACGAAAACUGAUCAAGGCACGUGCACUUUACUGGCCUUAAUAUAACCCAAUAUUCUUUAAAUAUACAGUAGACGUUCGCUCGAUGCAAACGCUUUAACUGCAAUGCUUUUUAACCUCAAGUCCGCUAAGUGCAACAACUUUGCAGUCAUCGCACCGCUAUCCGUCAAAAUGAAAUGUCAUCAACGAUGCGAAGUUUUUCGCAUUCACUUUCGAUACAGAGCGAUGUUUUUAGAACGCACACUGGCUGCAUUUUGCAACAACUGACAGUUCUUUGACGUCUGUCAGUUGUUGCAGUUAUCAAAUUUCAUUCACUAAGUGAUACGUAACCAUGUUGCAGUUAGCGGACGUCUACUGUACUUUCGACAACUAUUUUGAAAAAUCAUGAGGCCGGGGUGGUUCAUCCACUUCUUUGAUCAUAUACCCUUUCUCCCAUAAAGUUUUUUUACAUAUUGUUUUCAAUUAGGGAGCGUCGUUUAUUAAAAAAAAAACAGCUGUCACGUUGGUUCGUCAUUGAUACAAGUAUAAAUUUAUAUAUACACACUCAAUCCUAAAUUGCCUGUUCAGCACUUUUUUGACGAAAAUAGAACAGCAGAACUAUUUCGGUAGCUUCGGUAAUCGAUUUUACUGAGGCUCAGUACACCAACUGUCAAAACCUGGUGCAAAAGGUAAACAAUGCAGUAUAGCUGUAUGCAGCUGUUCUAUUUUCGUCAAAAAUUUACCGAACACGGUAUUCAAAAUUAAGUGUGUAAAUUAACACUUUUAACAUCUACCAUAUUGUCCGAACUAUGGUACUGAAUAAUACUCGUCUUCCGCGUCGCAUACAAUUUACAUUUGAUCCACAGAACUCUGCAAUAUGUAUUAUGUAUUAUGUUCUUUUGCAGCUAAACAUGGUGUCUACUUCCUGUUUUCACGACCUAAUCUAUGGGUCCGGAUAUGGAUGACAUAUUAAAGCCAUUUUGCGGAAUGACUAGAGAGCUCAAUCUCUUCGUCGAUUAGCUUCUCAUCGCAUGUAAUUUCCAACAAAGUGCAAUAUUAUGCACAUUUCUUUGGAAUACUUUUUCUUAUCCCAAACUUAUCAUAAUUGAAUAUAAAUUUUCAAAUAUCAUCCAUUCCGUCUUACCCAGUCGCCGAGCUCGGUAAUUGGAGUCCGACAAUGUUAUGUAUGUUUUCUUCCUAUUAUGCCGAUGCAAAUAUUAUUUUUCUUUUAUGUCCGAGACCUCUCAUCGGGUACGAGGGGGGGGGGGACAAAAUUAAAUAAGGAACAAACGAAAAAAAAACUAUUGAAAAAUUUCAAAUUACACCAACUAUUGAAAAAAUAUUUUUCAGCUAUUGACAAAUAUUUGGCUGUAAACAUUUUUUCUAUUGAUAAUGGAGUCAUGGGCAGCCACGUUUUUUUUCGCCCCUUCAAUAUUUUGGGAUUUUUGAAGGGGGGAUGACAUAAAACAAAUUAAAUAUUUCCAUCGGCCUUAUUGAGACUUACGAAAAUAAAAGGACGGGAUCCGUAUAUUUUUUUGUCCCACACUUGCUCACUCAUUUUUUAGUUAAAAUCUACUUGCUAUCAACAAUUCGAUGCGAAGCAUGACUCGCUUUGUGUUGUAAAUGAUCGUUCGUAGUUUGAAUCAGAAACGACUUAAUGGAUGGUGAUUGGUAUUAGAAUGUAGUGAAUGAAUGCAUAAUGUUCCGAAUCUACGUUUUAGCAGGAAAAAACUUUCUAUCUCUGUUAUCGUUAAUUUUUUAUGUAAAUUGUUUUCAAAGAAGUUGUUUGCUGCAUAUUCUCCCAAAAUUUUUGAUUUGGGUGGUUCACGUAUUAGCUCAAAUUUGGAAUAUCACUUUUUAAUAUGAUGCCAUAUGCAAACCAGUUAUUCAGCAAAGUCGAAGGCAAUAUCAUUUCUAGCAACUUUGCCAAAGACACAUUUCAUCUAGCUCUAAAAUUUAACGUAGUAGGUCAAUUUUAAGUUUUCACUUACGCUGAUCGCUGUGAAACCGUCUUUUCUACAAUAACUUUAUUGAUCGGUUUUUUGUUUUUCGAGGAUACAAGGCCGGGAGAAAACUCAUUUUCUUCUUUUGUAACUUUGC